UGUUUCAACAGACAAUUUGCUAAAACACGAAACCUAGGCAGGAGAAAAAAAUAUUGUUUUAUAAGAAAUUCAAAAAUGCUACUGAUACAAAUGCUAUUGGUUUUCGCCGUUUUGGCUGAAACAUAUGGACAAUUUUUUCCACGGUUUGGCUUCGAGUUUCCAGGUUUUUCUGCUCCAGAAGCUUUUGAAGACACCGGAUUUGCUGAUAUUCAGGAUCGUAUUGCAAGUCUACUCACAGAUUCAAAGAAACCAAAAAAAGGCAUAAAAACAAAGGUUAAAACUGAACGAAAAGGUGAUGAAAACAUAACGACCAUCGAGCAAAAAGGAAAAGACUUUGAUUCGUGGGCAAAAAUCACAACCUUUGGAGAUGAAAAGAAGAAAGGAAAGAAAUCUUUCUCGAAGAUAAUUUCAAGUCUGUUCGGUGGGGGACUCAUGGGGAAAAGUGACAAAAAGAGCGAAUGCUCAGGACAAAAGCCAUGCAAAGGUGAUAAGUAUUGCGACCCAGUUGAGGGUGUUUGCAAAGACAAGGCUUCAGAAGGUGAAAGAUGCUUUAUGAAAGAUCAAUGCAAGGGAGAGAAAGGUAUAGUCUGUAUCUGGGGGAGAUGUUCUGCUGGACAACGUGGGCAAUCAGGCACCUUCUGCAAAAAGGAUGGCGAUUGUGCAAAUGAUAACUUCUGCACUGAAGACCCACAAAUAAGUGUAUUUCACCCAAUUUGUAAACCAAAACUAGACGAAGGAGCUUCUUGCGGCAGUAUCAACCCUUUUGGCAUGCUCAGAAUAGCUAUUGGUAAACGAGACCUCAGCGCACAAAAGAAACUAGAGAAUCCAUGUAAAUCUGGACUCAAAUGUGAGCCUGUUGGACUAUUUGGUGGCAUGGUUUGUGUUCCUGAGACCCUGAAGAUUAAAAAAGAGGAAGAAAAAAAGGAAAAGAAGAAGCCGGUGGAAGAUGAUGACGAAGAUGAGGAAGAGGAGUCAAGUGGAAAGGAAGAUGGGGAAAGCGAAAAGCCCGACAACGAGGAAGGUGGCGACAUAGUACCAUCCAAUGCUCAAAAAGAGCCUGAAGAUCAACCAACCAAUAUCAACAAUGCCAAACCUGGCAAUGAUAAAAGCAAGAACAAGAAUCCCACUGGAAUUGCACAGACAGGGCAACAAAAGCCUCCUAGUGGCCAGGACGAGCCUCCAAUACCAGCUCUAAAACCUGGAGUCGGUGUUCCAGGUAACGGGCCUACUAAAAGCUCUGGUGGAAAGCAGAAGAAGAACAAAAAGAAGAAAGAAAGGAAAGAAAAGGAUGAAUAAAUACUAUUGCAAGUAGCACAACAUUUGUGCCGAGUCACAAAAAGGUUCAGGCGGAGACAAAAGUUUCUUCGACGGAAUACAGACACCUACCUAGAUGUUGUAAUGUCCAUCAAGCUAUUUAGAAAGCAAUCGACGAAAGCUGAUAGUUGAUAAGAUUGCAUGGGUUAUUACAUUCAUUACUACGUUGGAAUGAAAUAUUUUUUAAAUAUUUUGCUUAUAUAGUCGCUUGUAGUUUGCAGAAAUCUUUGCAAUAUUUGAUAUGAAACAAGACAAAGUUUGA